AUGUUCGGCCAGCCCGCGCUCAACGCGUCGAACCCGAACAACGACACGGUGGUGCCCAACUCGCCGAGCGACGGCGUGUCGAGCCUCACCUUCAGCGCGAGCUCCCAGUUCCUCGUCGCGAGCUCCUGGGCGUCGACGGUGUCCUGCUGGGAGACGCAGGUCGCCGAGGGCAUGGGCAGCGCGCAGGUGAACGUCGCGCCGCGCGCGCAGAUCACCGUCCCGGCGCCCGCGCUCUGCACGUCGAUGUCGGCGGACUCGCAGAACGUCUUCGUGGGCCUCGGCGACGGCACGGCGCAGAUGUGGACCCUGGGCCAGCCCCAGGCCCAGACCUUCGGGAAGCACGACGCGCCCAUCCGGUCCAUCCACUUCGUGCCCGCGCUCUCCUGCGUCUUCACGGGCUCGUGGGACAAGACCAUCAAGUGCUGGGACGUGCGCCAGCCGACGCCGACGGCGUCGGUGCAGCUCCCGGAGCGCUGCUACUCCAUGGACGUGGCGCACCCGCUCAUGGUCGUCGCGACGGCCGAGCGCAAGCUCUGCGUCUACGACCUUUCGAACGCGAACUGGCAGCGGCCCUACCGCGUCGAGGACAGCCCCCUCAAGCACCAGACGCGCUGCGUGCGCUGCUUCCCGGACCGCGAGGGCUUCGCCAUCGGGUCCAUCGAGGGCCGCGUCGCCAUCCACCACGUCGACGCCAAGGACGCGCACAAGAACUUCGCGUUCAAGUGCCACCGCGACACGCAGGACGGCCGCGCGGGCCAGGCGUCGACCUGCAACAUCUACGCCGUCAACGACAUCGCCUUCCACAAUUUGGGCACCUUCGCGACGGCGGGCUCCGACGGCGUCUUCAACUUCUGGGACAAGGACUCGAAGCAGCGGCUCAUGGCGUUCAAGCGCGCGGACCGGCCCAUCUCCUGCGCGGCCUUCAGCCCCGCGGGCACGCUCUACGCCUACGCCCUCUCCUACGACUGGUCCCGGGGCUCCGAGUCCCACACGCCCACGGACCCGAACACGAUCAUGCUCCACAAGGUCCAGAAGGACGAGAUCACGCAGCGCAACAAGAAACCGGGGCGGAAGUAG